AUGUUCGAUACCGGCAGAGCUAUGCGUCGUCUUGAAAUGCAAAAAUUCAAUCUACGCUAUCUAGUUCAUCACUAUUGUGACGUUUCUCUCGAUAAAAGAUAUCAGCUAGCAGACUGGAGAAUACGACCCCUAGACGAUGAUAUGAUAGCAUAUGCUCGUUGCGAUACCCACUAUCUACUCCAGUGCUAUGAUUGUCUUCGCGAAGAGUUGUUGGAGAAAGGAGACAAGUUACAGAAUCUGCUUCGAGUGACCUAUUCAGAAAGCGCUCUCAUCUGUUUGAGGGUCUACCAUAAACCGAGUUUUGAGAAAGAUGGUUAUCGCGGACUUGAACGACGACGGUUGAAUAACCGUCAGAAUGCAGCUAUGCAACUGCUUUGGUGUUGGCGAGAUCAGGUGGCUCGAGAGGAGGAUGAGAGUGUGCAGUACGUUUUGCCUAACCACAUGCUGCUCAAUAUCGCUGAGAGCUUACCUCGUGAACUGCAAGGUAUACUUCAUUGCUGCAAUCCGGUACCGCCUCUGGUCAAAGAAUCCGUGCACGAAUUACACAAGAUGAUAUUCAAAUGUCGCGAUCUGCCGCUGAUCGAAUACAAAGAGGAUGCUACUGAUGAAAAUUUUGAGGAGGUUCUUCGCAGGAGAAAAAUGCGAGGGAAGUACACCAAAGAAAACAUCCUUUUCAUCUGCCCUCUCGAUUUCUCACAAGCGGAGUUCGACGAAGAAAGCGGAAACCAAAUGUAUCGCGGUAAAAGCGUUGGUGAUACAGCAGUCUUAGAACGAUCUCCUACACAUACGUUGCUGUCGGUGCUGAGCUGUGCUACGGCGCUAGGAAAAGCAUCGGAUUCCGAUGAUGUUCACACUUUAUGCGACAAAGUGAGUGUCUUCGACAUUUUUGUGACUUAGGG